AUGGAUGAUUUUCAAUCAAAGCAACUUGCAAACCCGCGGAAUAGUCGUCGUACCUGUCUAGUAACCUAUUCUCAAGCUGAUUUGAACAAAUUUCCCAGCCGUGAAAGUUUCGGUCAGAUGCUUGAAGAGCAAUUCAACACUGGUACUGGAAAGGCUAAGGUUAGUCACUGGGCGUGUUGUCUCGAAGAACACCAAGACAAAGGGGUACAUUAUCAUGUUUCCUUGAAACUGACUGCCCCGAAGAAGUGGUUGAAGAUUAAAAACGAUAUCAUAAAGAAGCACAACGUAACUGUCCACUUCUCAGACAAUCACGACAACUACAUAGCCGCAUACAGGUAUGUGUGUAAAACGGAUGAUCAUGUGGUUCACAGCAUUGGUCAUCCUGAUCUGAGUGAGGUUGGAUCACCCAAAACAAAGAAUUCGACGAAAGCAUACAGAGAAUCGAGAAAAAGAGCGCACAAACUGGGAGAGGAGAAGGAUACCAUGCCCUGUAAACAAAAGUCAUCAAGGCCAAAGAGGUUGACCAACGUGGAAGUUUCUGACUUUUUAGUCAAGCAUAAAAUAAAGAGAGACACGGAACUUUUUGCCGUUGCCAAAGUGAGAAAAGAUCAGGGUCAAAUGGACAUGGCCAAUUUCAUUCUAUCAAAGUCAUCAAGCGUUCUAAAUGAACUAAUUGAUAAAACAUGGAAAAUGCAAACGGCCAACGAGGAUCUUCAGCGCAAAAAGAAAUCGAGAAUGGAGAUCCUAUGUGAAAGAUUGAGCGAAGAUUGUUCUCCAGGUUGUGACAAACUCUGGUUGGAAUGUGCCAUAGAAGUUCUAAGAAACAACAAGAUACAUCCUUUUGUUUACGCAGCUGCAAUACGCGAUCUUCUGAUAAAUGGACGGGGGAAAUUCAGAAACCUAAUGAUUAUCGGACCGGCAAAUUGUGGCAAAACAUUCAUGUUCAAGCCCUUAUCGUCUAUUUAUAAUGUGUUUUCGAAGCCUGCCAAUGAUAAAUAUGCGUGGGUCGGUGCUGAUUCUGCUGAAGUCAUCGUUCUGCAAGAUUUUCGAUGGAGUCAUGAAAUGAUACCCUGGAGUGAUUUGCUACUUUUGUUGGAAGGCGAAACUGUAAAGUUGCCAGCACCAAAGAACCAGUUCUUUUCUGACGUCGUCAUAGAGAAAGACACACCAAUUUUCGCCACAAGCAAGUCCCGAAUUGCCUAUGCGGGUAAGUUUCACUCAUCAGACGAGCGUGAGACCGAAAUGAUGGCAAUCAGAUGGAAGGUGAUUGAAUUUAAGCACCAGAUUCCAGAAAGUGAACAAAAGCAAGUUUCUCAAUGCGUGCGGUGCUUUUCUGAACUAGCAUUAUUGGGAGAAGAGGAUAUUUGA